UGAUGCUUCAACAUUUGACUCGUCUCCCUUCCAAAUCAUCAGCAUCUACAAUCAUCAAUCAUGGAUCCUGGACGAAAAGCCAUGAUCGCCGGACGACGGUCCCCUACCCGACGAGAUGUGACAUCCCCCAGACACGAUCCAACCAACCGAAUCACCAAAUCCACCAAACCAAGUGGUUCCAAGAUCAACCCCAAGUACUUGACUCAAGAUGAGCAAUCACGACAAUUUGUUGCCGAUGAGGACAAGUUCGUACUGAAGCAAUCCAAGAAGAAGGCGGAUAUCCGAAUUCGGGAAGGCCGUGCGAAGCCCAUUGAUUACCUGGCAUUCAACCUAAGAUAUAUCGAUACAGACCGCGAUAUCUUCGACGACGACGACGCUGAUAUUGAAAUCGAUGUUCCCGCACCCGGAGAUGUUGUUGCCUCGCUUGAUGCAGAGCAGAUUGCCGAGCUAGAAUCUGAUAUCGCCUCAUACCACGUGCUUGAAACCAAUGCGACCAACCGGGAAUAUUGGAGAGCGCUUCAGACCAUCUGUAAAGAUAGGAAGGCGAAAUUAGAUCCGCACGGCCAUGAGAGAAGGGUUGUAAGCAGUGUUUCAGAUGACAUAGACAAGAUCCUCGCCCCCAAGACGCAUGACCAGCUGGAAGCCUUAGAAAAGCAGAUCAAGGCCAAGCUACAGUCCAAUGAGGAUAUCGACACGGAUUAUUGGGAACAGUUGCUGCGAAGCCUCCGAGUGUGGAAAGCUCGUGCCAAGCUGAACCAAGUAUACGAGGCAAUCCAGGAGACUCGCCUCAACCAACUCAAGGAGCGCGAUCCAACCAAGGUCAAGGCAUCGGGCCAGCCGACUUCUGCCCCCAAGGUGACAUUUGGUUCUCAGCCAGUCCCAUCAGCUUCAGAAGAAAAGGUGUCGCCUGCACCCGUUUCAUCCUCGAGACAUGUGGGCACAUCAGCCCCUCCAGGGACUGAACGUUUUUCUCAGGUUGACAACGUGGACUUCUCACAGGCAACCAAAGCAUUGUAUGAUCGAGAGGUUGCUAGAGGUGUCGACGAGAACGAGGAGAUCUUCACCAGCGAAGAGGCUGUUACCACUUCUAAGCCUCAAUGGGCAGACAAAUAUAGACCCCGAAAGCCACGCUAUUUCAAUCGUGUCCAAAUGGGUUACGACUGGAAUAAAUAUAAUCAGACUCAUUACGACCACGAUAAUCCGCCACCCAAGGUUGUUCAAGGUUACAAGUUCAACAUAUUCUAUCCUGAGCUCAUCGACAAGACAAAGGCACCAACCUUCAAGAUCAUUCGAGAACAUGGCCGCAGACGCGGAGAAUCAUUUGCUGCUGCUGGUGAGGAGGACACGUGCCUAAUACGGUUCAUGGCAGGCCCUCCAUACGAGGAUAUUGCGUUCCGUAUUGUUGACCGAGAGUGGGAUUAUAGCGCCAAGAAGGAUCGAGGCUUCAAGAGCUCCUUCGACAAGGGUAUCUUGCAGCUGCAUUUUCAGUUCAAAAAGAUCUACUACCGGAAGUAGUUCGGGAUCGAUCACCAACUAUCUCUUGUCUGAAGUUGCAUUGGUCCUCGCCUAGUAAGAGCAAAACUGGGCCAUCACCUAAUGAAAAGGGGAGGAAAACCCGCUUAUGCAUCGCCCAUUCCGUCGAGUUUGAGUACCGGGGAGGACAAAAAUGCACGCUUUCAAGCGGGAGGGCGGACCAAUCCGCCCUGCCUGAUAAGGGUUGCAUCAUGGUGAUUGUUGAUAGCUUUCGACAUGUCUACGCUACCAGGGUCAUGUCUAUUGAUACAUCUGUACUACCUAUUUGAGGGUUUCUAAUUCGGGAUUCAGAGCGGGGAUUGGUAGAGAGCUAGAGUGGGCAAAGGUUGAGUCGAUGCUGGAGUAGUAUCCUGCUACCUACUGGAUCUAUUCGAUCAUCGUCCCGACCUGACCGCCCAGUUCAAGAACCUGCACAGACCAGGUAUGAAAUUACAUCUUAU